GCCAGGGAACUCAGGGAUAGCGGAAUACUGAUUGUAGCAGAGAAUUGGCAUGUAGUGGGAUGAACAUGAUAGCUGUGUAGUUAUUAUGCUCUUGAGUGGUGUAUGCCUGAGUAUGUCUACUGGAUAAUUGCAUUACUCAAUCAGGAAUGUCUUUGAAAGCAUUACAGGCAUUGCAGCAAUAGAUUGUGCGCUACAGACGACCAUAGAACAGAUCCACCAUUUCUUAGAUUCGAUUUCAAUGAGAAUGACAGAUCUAUAACCCACAUUUCUAUGUGAAUUUGUCCAAAAAGGUACACAUUUCAGCUGUUAAUGGAACCGCACCCUAGCAGGCUAUUGUUGCAUCUAUUUUCUAUGCAAACUUUCUAAAUGUCGACAACAACAAAAAAAUCACUGGACAAGUUACCCGGAAACAUAGCUAAUGAUUCCACUCAUAGCAAGCCCACCCCAGUGAGUUCCUCCUAAGUGGUUUAUUGCGUUUUUCCUGGACACACCUACAAUUAUGCUCCAAGUGACAACGGCAAACUGAGACGGAGUUUUUGGUGGCGACACAGACAAGAGGCGCAGCUGGGUCAUUCACGUGUAAAAUAAUUACAAAACAGCUCUGCGUGAACUUUGAGGUAGAGAAACUUUCUCGGUGCUAGUAAUUUCGUUCGUGUGUCGGUCCGCUUGUUAUUUAUUUGCAGCUAUUCGGUAACACAUGGAGCGUCAGGACACUGUUAACGAUUGAGAGCACUUGGUGGAGGGAGAGAGAGUGGGCGUCCGCGAAUCCGCUUCUUGCCAGGGGUGUAAUCAUUAGUCAAACGUUUUGGAACGAAAAUCGUUUAUUCCAAACGGGAAACGGGAGUUUCUCAAUAGGCACAUUUAGGAAGGUCCUUCCCCGUUUCGUUCCAUUUUCUUCCGUUUGGUUUCUAGUGAAUACACCCCUGGCAACGCUCCGAAAUCACAAGUGAGACGCUCAAGCUAAACCAAACGUAAUCGAACUGAGACUUAACAUAUGGUUCAAACAGAGGACUUACUUCCCGGGACAGAGAACCGUUUGGAGCCGAAGUCAUGAAAGCACAGGUGGCAGAGUAACCGCAGGACAUCGAGUCUUUCCUCCAGACUCUCUGUCUCUCUCUCGUCUGUCUGUCUGUCUGUCUGUCUGUCUGUCUGUCUGUCUGUCUGUCUGUCUGUCUGUCUGUCUGUCUGUCUGUCUGUCUGUCUGUCUGUCUGUCUGUCUGUCUGUCUGUUUGUCUCUCUCCCCCUCUGUCUCUCUCUUUCUCUCUCUCCCCCUCUGUCUCUCUCUUUCUCUCUCUCCCCCUCUGUCUGUCUCUCUCUCUGUCUCUGUCUCUCUCUCUCCCAUUUCCCAUACCCGCUUGGCUUCCCUUCUGUGGUUCCCUACCUGCACCUAUAUCCCUCCUUCCUUCCAUCCGGCCAUCCAUCCUUCCUUGAGUCUCCCUCCAUCCGGCGGCGCUGCCAACAUGCGUCGGUUCAGCUCCGAGGGGUCCCUAUUGAAUAUGGACUUCCUGCCGUGGAAGAAGGUGGAGCUUAAGGACCAGAACUACCACAGCCGGGACGGGGAGUCAGGCACCUACACUCCCCACUUGGGAGAGGACGAACUGGAUGGGCGAACCACCUCUCUCCCCCCUACACCCAUCAUCCUGGAGCCUGAGGCCAGCCCUGGGAGAACACCGGGGAGGGGGGAGCUGGGCAAGGAGCACAGCGUCAGCGUGGAGAACGUCACAGAACUGGGGAGGCCAGAGGGUAAGGGUCAUCUGAGAGUGGUGAACCUCAGUGAAGGAUGCAGGGCGUACAGUGAUGGUCAGUUGGCGCCGGCGACUUCGGGGAGCAGCACAGAGAGCGUGGGCAGGCACGACCGGCCUCCGCCCUCUCCCUCGUACUCAACCUUUGACUCCAGCCCCUUUUCCUUCAAGUCACAGCAACGGUCCCACGCCAGAGCCAAGCUGUCAGCAGCCAAGCUACAUCUGAAGAGCCUGUUUGGGCAGAGUCCCCAUUCAUCACACUCCAACCUGUUUAACCCAGAACAGAAAGAGCCGGUAAGCUCAUCAACGUGCCCGGGCAUUGCAUUCCGAUGGUAAUACAAAGUCAGUUUGGGGUAUGUUUUGAUCUUCAACACUGAUGUCACACGGAUAUACUAAAAUAUCCUCGUCACUUCAUUGGUAUUCAGUAACUGUCUUAGCAAUCGCUCCGUACAUUUCCUCCACUGUGGCCAAUAGCACGGGGACGAGGUUUCUUUCAAAGAGGAAACUACGCAGGGAAUAGGGUGCCGUCUGGAACUACAAAGGGAAUAGGGUGCCGUCUGGAACUACAAAGGGAAUAGGAUGCCAUUUGGGACUACAGAGGGAAUAGGGUGCCGUCUGGAACGACAUAGGGAAUAGGAUGCCAUUUGGGACUACAGAGGGAAUAGGGUGCCAUUUGGGACUACAGAGGGAAUAGGGUGCCGUCUGGAACUACAUAGGGAAUAGGGUGCCGUCUGGAACUACAAAGGGAAUAGGGUGCCGUCUGGAACUACAAAGGGA